CCUCCGGAAGAAAGCAAUUACACUGUUCUAAUUGGCGGCUGCGGCAGGGUUGGCUACGUGAAAAAGGCAUUCAGGCUGUACAACGAUAUGAAAAAAAGAGGCUUAACUCCCACAGAGGCCACCUACACAGCCCUGUUCAAUGCCUGUGCCGAAUCGCCCUGGAAGGACUCGGGCCUGCAGAGCGCGCUCAAAUUACAGCAGCAGCUGAAGAGCAAGAACGAAGAGCUGAACCUGAUCACCUACCACGCGCUGCUGAAGGUCUGCGCCCUGUGCUCCGACCUCAGGAUGAGCUUUGACGUACUCAAGGAAAUUGUGCAUAAGGGCCACGUUCCCACAGUCGAGACCUUCAGCUUCCUUCUCAUGAGCUGCAUAAAGGACACCGAAAAUGGCUUCCGAUACGCCUUACAGGUAUGGCAACAAAUGACUAAACUUGGAAUAAAGGCGGACAGCCACGCUUACAAUCUGAUGCUGCGCGCGGCGAGAGACUGUGGAAUAGGUGAUCCGGCCGUGGCUUCUGAGCUCCUGCUCCGACCCCCCCAUGAGAACUCGUCCCAGCUGCGGCUUGCACCCGGGAGGCAGAAGGAAAAGGUGAAAAAUCAGAAGAAGCAGGGAUCAGAGAGCGCGGCUGCUGUCCAGCUGGAUGUGGAAGCUAUGGAAAAGCAGUUAUUUCAGGAGAGUUCGGUGCAGCCUGAAGAACUGAUCCGGCAACAAAAUAAAGAUGUGAAUGGGGCUGAGACAGAACCAGCUGCUCUCGACAGCCCCAGCAUAGCUCACAGCCAGGCUGGAGCGUUGAUGACGAGAGGCCACAACAAGGUGGAGCAGGAACAAGCACGUGGAAGCCAGAAGCAGCGUUUCUGCAGCCUGCCCAACUUGCUGGAUUCCAGGAUGCCUGAUGCAGCCAUGGUUUCCUUGGGGACAGUGGCCACGCCGUCCCAUCGACUGGCCUUGAUGGGGGACGUGGAGGGCUUCUUGAGUAAAAUGAAAGAGGACAAUGCAGCACCCAACAUUAAAACGUUUACGUUACUGGCUGAGCUGGUGGAACCCCAAAGGCCCUCGGAGCCUUUGCUGGCACUCCUAGAUGAGCAUAAAGUCAAAGUAGAUGUGACCUUCUUCAACACUUUAAUAAGGAAGAAAAGUAAACAGGGAGACCUGGAAGGAGCAAAGAGCGUGCUGCCGGCUCUGGUGAAGAGGGGGCUGUCGCCUGACCUCCAGACAUUUUGUAGCUUGGCAAUCGCUUGCCACCAGGAGAAGGACGGACUGCAGCUACUCUCAGAUUUGAAGAGGUCUGGAGUAACUCCCAACAAGUACAUCUACAGCACCCUCAUCGCUGCCGCUGUGAGGCAGCUGGAUUACAGUUACCUGACAGAGAUCCUGCGCGACAUGAGGAAUAACCAGGUGCCUCCCAAUGAAGUUAUCAUCCGCCAGCUGGAGUUCGCAGCACGGCACCCUCCAAAAUUGGACAGGUAUAAGUCAAAGAACCCGUAUCUGGAGAAAGUUGAUGGUUUCCGCGGCUACUACUAUCGGUGGUUAAAAAAAAUGGCAGGAGAGGAGACCCCCCACCCCUGGGAAAAAUACAGAACGGUGAAACGUGCGGUAGAGGACAGUAAGGACGAGGCCGCGCAGGAGCAGCCAGGCCAGAAGCCGCAGUGA